UUGCGGCAGAGCUUGAGUGAGAUCCAACUGGAAAUCUGUGAGUUUUCUUUUGUCACUGAGUCAGAAAGCUGCAGACAUCUUUGUGUGAUAAUUAUGUGAAGUGUGCGGGGAGUGGCACAGUGUUUGGUUUGGAGAAGGCAUGAGAAAGUUUUUGUGCUGAGGACAGGCUAAAGUGUCAGUCCAGACUCAGCUUUAUCUCAUGUCAGUGGUUUUUCCUCCUGUUUCCUCAUGGCGUAUGCAGCAUUCUGGAACAGCACUCAUGGAGGAUCGACCACUACCCCAGUCCAAGUCCAUCAUAGUAGCAGGUUUUCUACCCUCUGUGUCCCUGCACAGUCCUGGUACGGCAAGUCGCAGCCGAGCCAGGCCACACCCAAAACAUCAGCCCAGGUCUCCACUGUGAAGCCGGCACAGUUCGAGAAGGCAUCAGCUGAAUCCACCAUGGCGUCAAAGCCUGGUGCGGUUACUACGGCAACAGGCGGAGCCACAGGAAGUGGCGUCGCAGCAGGAGGAAGUGCAUCAGUUGGGACGGCGGGAAAAGUGGCACCUAAAGCCAAACCAGAGACUAACACUACGUCGGCAAGUGCUACUGUUAUUGACAUGUCGUCCGCUGGGGCUACUGUUGUAGACAUGACGUCAGGUGGGGCGAGGGGCGGUCCUAAACAGACGGCAAAGCCUGCACCUGCGUCCCAGGUUAAAGCUCCAGCUCCAGCUCCAGCUCCAGCUCCUUCUCCUGCAGCUUCUGUUUCUGCUGCUGUGACUAAACCCAAAGAGUCGCUCAAAGACACCACCAAGACUGCUACUGCCGCCACAACAGUCAAAGCUGAAGUGCCUAAAGCUGAUCCUGGUAAAGCAUCAAAGCCGGCAGCAGCUGCCACGGCUGCAGCUGGAACUGUGCAGGCCAAGACACAAGCUAAACCCACACAAACAAAGGUGCAGGCGGAAAUUCCUCCAGCGGUAACUAAAGGAGCCAAAGAGGCACCUGCUGUGGAUCCUUUUGAAGCCCUGGCAGGCUCACUACCAUCCACUGACCCCGUCAAACGGCCAGAGCCUGUAUACACCGGCCCAGAGGUCAAAGAGCAUGGAAUCACCUCUAAGGAUGAUCCCAAGUGUGGAGAAAGAGAGGACACACUGCCUCCAGAUUACAGAUUUGAAAAUAUGCCUCCAGUUCCUGCAGAUGUGAAACCAAAGGAUGUUCCUAAACCACUGAGCACAGACGAGGCCUUGGAUUCUCUCUCGGCUGGUUUCAUUACUUCUACAGGUCCAUCUGCACCCAAGAAACAGGAGAGAAGGGAUCAUGCUGAAGGUGUCAGUGCCUCAUGUGCUGCCCCGUCCAACUUUGCACCCCCUCCCACCACCUCCGUAAAGAAAACUGAAACACCUGCUGCUCCUCCUGCUGAUAAAAAACCCAAAAUGGAGAAGGUUUCUGAUGACUUCUCUCUGGAGGCUGGAAUUCCCCCUGUGUCUUCCAAGAAAGCGGCUGCUCCUGUGGCUGUGUCUCCAGCUCCUCCCGCUGAUAAAAAACCCAAGAUGGAGGGUGAUGUAUCCAUGUCUUCAGAAGCUCUCAGUGCUCUUGGUGACAUGUUGGGAGAACCAGAACCAGUACCAGAAUCGCCCAAACUCAGACCUGAAGACAUCGUUUCGGAGGACAAACUGAAGAAGGAGAAGGGUGUACGUGUUGGGGAGAGGGACGACACACUCCCUCCAGAAUACAGGUUUAAUGAGGAGGAACUGAAAAAGCUGCCUGCUCCGAAACCUGAGCCGAAGAUGGACACCACUGAGGCUCUGGACAUUCUGUCUGGAGACUUCACCACCCCCUCAGCUCCUCCUGCUCAGAUGAAAGUUACACCCUGUGCCGUCCCCCCUGUGGCUGUGUGUAAAGCUCCUCCUGAGGAUAAGAAAGCCAAGAUGGACGCUGAGGUCACCUCUGCUACUGCCAAGAAAGUUGAAUCCUCUGCUGUUCCCCCUGUGGCUGUGUGUCCUGCUCCUCCUCCUCAGCGGAAAGACAUAAAGAAACCUGCUGCAGGAAAAGAUGCCACUGAUGCCAAGCCCAAGACUGACAAAGGCGACUCCAUGGCUCUGGAUGCUCUCUCUGCUCUCAGUGACACAUUACCAACAGAUGCACCAAAACCAGAACCCCCCAAGCUCAGACCUGAGGACAUCGUCCCGGAGGACAAACUGAAGAAGGAGAAAGGUGAACGUGAAGGAGAGAGUGACGAAACAAUUCCUCCAGAAUACAGGUUUAAUGAGGAGGAACUCAAAAAGCUGCCGGCUCCUAAACCUGAGCCUAAGAUGGACACCCUGGAGGCUUUGGACAUUUUGUCUGGAGACUUUUCAACCCCUUCAGCAGCUCCUACUGUUCAGACUCCUGUUGCUAAAACCUCAGUUCCUCCUGCACAGGUCAAAGUGGAGGAUUUAUCAGCUUUGGAUCAACUCGGUGCAGAUUUUGUGGCACCAACUCAAGCUGCUGGAGUUAAAGCAGACGCCCCUCCUUCUGCCAAGAAGACUCCAGAGAAAUCCCCUGCAGUUCCUCCUAUCGCUGUGUGUCCUCCUCCUCCUGUUCAGACGAAAUUUGAUAUAAUGACACCUGGAACAGGAAAGCCCACCGCUGGCCCCAAACCCAAGACUCAUGAGACUGACUCCAUGUCUCUGGAUGCUCUCUCUGCUCUUGGAGACACACUGGCAGCAGAUGAACCAAAACCAGAACCCCCCAAACUCAGGCCCGAGGACAUCGUCUCGGAGGACAAACUGAAGAAGGAGAAGGGUGUACGUGUUGGAGAGAGGGAUGACACACUCCCUCCAGAAUACAGGUUCAAUGAGGAGGAGCUGAAGAAGCUGCCUGCUCCGAAACCUGAGCCCACCAUGGGAACCUGUGAAGCCCUGGACAUUUUGUCUGGAGACUUCCUGACCCCCUCAGCAGCCCCUGCUGUCCAGGCUCCUGUCGUCACACCCUCAGCUCCUCCUGCACAGGCUCCUGCAGACUUUGCUCUGGAUGCUCUGGCCGGAGACUUUGCCUGUGCUACUACUGCCCCGUCCGUGAACACUGCUGCUGCUGAAACCACCCCAGAGCUUGCAGCCGGAGCAGACAAUGCUCUGGACGCUCUAUCAGACACCUUGAAGGAUAUCGCACCCACCCCCCAACCUGAACCCACUGUUCCAGCCAAAGACAUUGUAAAGGAGAAAAAGGCUGUUGAAGAAAGGCUGAUUAAGAUGGGAGAGAGAGAUGAUACGCUGCCGCCAGAGUACAGACCCACAGAGGAAGAUCUGAAAAAAAUGGCAGAAGAAAAGGCUAAAGGACCUACAACACCCAAGGAAAAAUCUAUGGAUGAUAAAACAGCAUUGGAUCUGCUGUCUAGUGACUUCUCCAGUACUCCUCCUGCACCCGUCACAUCAUCUGCAGACACAACAAAGCUGGAACCUCCUGAAAUGGAUGCAGAGCCCCUGAAGCCGGUGGCAGGUAUGGUCCUGGAUGUCCUCUCUGGUACUCUGUUACCAGAAGCAAUGGAGCAAAAAUCAAAGACAGACAAACCAAAGGGCAAGAGCAAGUCAAAGUCAAAGUCUAAAAAACAACAUGCAGAGGAUCCAUCUGCCGCUGACAUGCUAUCUGCUCAGCUAAGCUCAGAUGUCGUGCCAUCAUCUACAAAAAAGGGAGGCAAGAGCUAGACCAGUCGGUUGUUGCUGAAUACGUGCUCCAAGCCACAGAGACGCAUCACUGAACCAGCUGUUCUCUGGAUAAUGAAUUUAUUUUUCUAAAUUGUCAAGAAUGUAUACUGGAUGAAAGACAAAUGUAGAUAUACCCGAAACACACACUUUCACACACACACACACACACACAUACACACACACACAGUCACAUGUAUGCAUUCACACAGCUCUACGUGCAGUGCCUUUUUACUCAGUUUCACUUGUAAUCGAGAAUGAGGAGCUUUUGGUUUCGGUCUGUUUCUGAAAUGAAAUGACAGACUUUUUAGGGCAAGAUUAAGAAAAUGAGAAUGUGACAACCUGACGAAGAAAAGAGAAAAACUGUGGGAAGAAAGGAAAGUUAAAGAGAAGUGUAAAUGGUUUUGCUCGAUGGUGUGAGAGGGAAGGCGCUGCCCGUCGGAUUCUUUAAUGUGCAUCUCAGCUCACACUUCCUGUUUUUCCAGCGAUGCACUAAUACCAUAACACCGCACGUAUGGAUGUCGGGCUGGUGGUGUUGUGACAUUGACACAUGGUUGGAAAAAUGAGAACUGUCAGCUGUGUGGAAGCAGAACCGAGUGGGUGUAUCGUAUCGGGAUGUUUGUGCAAUCUUGAUGUACACAGAAAAGCCAAGUUUACUAUCACCAUGUGCUCUGAUGCCAUAAAGACACUAGUGUACAGCUUAGUUCGCUUAUUCUGAAGACAACACGUAGUUUACAUUAUUAAAUAUGUGGAGGAUUUCCAGGAGGUGUUCUGCUUUAAUCUCAGAGCUUCUCACAAAUGCCUUUUAGUUUCUGUAGAGAAAAAAUUCUGUCACAAAUUGGGUCUUUGUAUGUAUUUGGCCGAGUUUCUAAUGUCUGAAAGAGCGUUUAGUCAACCAAGGUAGUUACAAGUUUUGUAAACUUUCCUUGUUUGUAUACUGUAUAAAAGAGUUUUUUUGCUCUAUGUAAGACAACACUGUACAGUUUGCACAGUUCAAAGGUCUAAAGCAAAACUGUAAAGUCAACAAUCACUAUACUUUCCCCUUUUUUUUUUUCAUGUUAAAGGUUUUGUGUGGGUGUGAGUCAAAAAAGAGAGAUGGGAGUACUAAUUAAAUAAAAUAAAAUAAAAAAAAUCUGUCUAAAAGCA